AGUUCUCUAAUAAAUGUCAAAAUAAACAGCUGUGUUUGUGUCACGCUUUUGAAUUUAACAUAGUUUGAAAAAUGUUAAAUUUGUUAAAUAAAACCAAAAGUAUUUUAACUCCUUCCUUGCGUACCAUCGCAAACCGCGUCACACACGAUGUUGCCAAAGAUGCACCAUCGCAAAUACCUCCGGCAACAAAGUCUGCGACCCCGCUUAUUUUGCAACAAAAUUGGCCGCAGUAUGAACCUAUGAAUAAAUCAACAGCUCGACAAGUUUGGAUUGAGAAUAUCGAUGCAGUGCAAGAACGCAAAUUAGGUCUUAUCGAAUUGCAUCCUGACGUGUUCGCAACACAACCCCGCGUCGAUGUCAUACAUGAGAAUAUAGAAUGGCAACGCAAAUAUCGUUAUGUAAGUUUUGCUCACACCAAAACGCGCGCCGAAGUUCGUGGCGGUGGACGCAAACCGUGGCCACAGAAAGGUAUGGGUCGCGCUCGCCAUGGCUCCAUACGUUCACCUUUGUUCCGCGGUGGUGGUGUUGCCCACGGUCCACGCUCACCCACUACACAUUUCUAUAUGUUGCCGUUCUUUAAGCGUGUAAUGGGAUUGACGGCAACCCUUAGCGUGAAAUUAGCACAAGAUGAUCUGCAUGUUAUUGAUAAUGUUGAUAUACCCACGCGAGAUCCGAAUUUCAUUAAGGAGUUGAUUAAAGAACGCAAAUGGGGUCCAUCAGUGUUAUUUGUGGACAGAGAGGACAUUUUUCCAGAAAACAUUUGCUAUGCCACUGACGAACUGGGUUAUGUGAAUUUAAUGCCAUCAUAUGGUCUCAAUACAUAUUCGAUGCUGAAACACGAUACAUUGGUGCUAACUGUAGAUGCAGUAAAACAUAUUGAGGAGCGUUUGUUGUACCAACUUAAUCGUACUGACGCGACGGCGAAAGGGGGCAAAUUCAAAUUGGAUCAAGUUUAAAACAGUUUCCUAUUAUUUCUUUUUAAUUUGCUGGAUUUGUUCUCUCUCCUCAUAAAGGCAUCAUUACUACCAAGUAAUUUAAAACAUUGUACAAAUGUGAGAAAUUUAAUGCAAUAAUGAGCCUUUUACGAUCAAAUAAACUAGUGAAAUUUGAAAAAGAA